AUGAAAAAAUUUUAGUUUUUCGACAAAAAUAUUCGAUAAUAAAGACCUGAAUAGAACUUCUGCACAUUCAAUUAUGUUUUUGCUGAGUAUAUCAAUUCAAUAUCUAGAUACAUUUGCUAUUUAAAGAGGAAACAUGGUAAUGAUUAUAAUGAAAUGAAUUCUAAAAUGGAACAAUUAGGAAUCUCAGUGGGAAUCAGAUUAUAUGAAGUAGUCAGUCUCAGAGAAAGAAACAAAAGAGAAACUAAAUUAGUUGAAUAAUUAAGAUUCAUAUAGGGAAUUGUAUUUUAUAAUUGCAUUCUUAGUUUUGGAAACAUCUCUUUGGCAGAUAAGCAGAAUCAAUUGAAAAGUUGAAAGAUAGACCCAAUGAUUUUCUUAUUAGAGAUGAAAAUCCAUUGCUUCUCAAGUACAUCUCAGAAGAAGGACAUAUAUCCCCUGCAUAAUUUAUGUGUGGAAUUCUAAAAGUAAGAAUAAACAAUAAAAUUACUAGGGAGUAUUAAAUGCCUCUGGAUUUGCAUGUGAAGUCUCUUAUCAAUUCAAGACUGAUGAAAGAGGUGUCAGCUAUUAUCCCCACACUGUCUUUAUAUUGAGUUUUGAAGAUGCAAAAGAUUUAUGA